AUGACACAUCCAACGAAAGCAAUCUACAAGAUUUUGAUGACCGAUUAUGUAAAGGUCAGUAGUAUGACAGAGGAGAUUCCAUUCAACGAUAUAGAUCUAAAGAAAAGCUCAGAGAAGAUCGAACAGAUAAAGUAUCACGAGAAAUUGGAACACAAAGGAAUCAAGUUUUGUUGUUAUAAUGCUGGUCAUGUAUUGGGUGCUGCAAUGUUUAUGAUUGAAAUUGCAGGUGUAAAAAUAUUAUAUACUGGAGAUUUCUCAAGACAAGAAGAUAGACAUUUAAUGGGUGCAGAGACACCACCGGUCAAUGUAGAUAUUCUAAUCAUUGAAAGUACGUAUGGUGUGCAAGUUCACGAGCCGAGACUCGAGAGAGAGAAGCGAUUCACUUCGUCGAUACACGAGGUAGUUAAGCGUGGAGGUCGAUGUCUGAUUCCGGUGUUUGCGCUCGGAAGAGCACAAGAGUUGCUGUUGAUUCUCGACGAAUACUGGAUUGCGCAUCCAGAGCUACAGAAGAUUCCGAUCUACUACGCGAGUGCGCUGGCGCGUAAGUGCAUGUCGGUCUACCAGACCUACAUCAAUAUGAUGAACGAGCGUAUUCGUGCACAGUUUGACCUGUCGAAUCCAUUCAGUUUCAAACACAUUGAGAACAUCAGUGGAAUCGAGCGAUUCACUGACGACGGUCCGUGCGUGUUCAUGGCGUCACCCGGUAUGUUGCAGUCGGGUCUGUCGAGACAGCUGUUCGAGCGGUGGUGUAGCGACAAGAUGAAUGGUGUCGUGAUUCCCGGUUACAACGUCGAGGGUACGCUCGCCAAACAUAUCAUGUCGGAGCCCGAUGAAAUUACAAGAACCGACGGUGUCAAUGUUCCUCUCCACUUGACGGUGACCUACGUGUCGUUCUCUGCUCACUCUGACUUUCUCCAGACGUCAGAGUUCAUCCAGGAGAUUCAUCCGCCACAUGUGGUGCUGGUGCACGGUGACGCCAAUGAGAUGUCGCGUCUCAAGACAUCGCUCAUCGCCAAGUUCAAAACGAUCAAUAUUAUGACACCGAAAAAUACUCAUAUCGUGCAAAUGGAGUUCCGCGCGGAAAAGGUCGCCAAGAUGUUGGGAGCGAUCGCCGCCAACCCACCUCGCGAAAGCAAAAAGAUUGCCGGUCUCCUCGUAACAAAAGAUUUCACACACCACAUCAUUGCGCCCUCCGAUUUACACAACUACACCAACCUCAAGAUCAACACCAUCAAACAGAAACAAACCGUACCAUUCGCACAAAAAUAUCUACUACUCUCCAGCACACUCGAACAACUCUAUGAUGAAAUGGAAGAAUCGAAAACAAAGGACGAUAAACCAACUAUUAAAAUAUAUGGAUCUAUUUUAAUUACUUAUAAUGUAGGAUCACAUGUUACAAUUGAAUGGGAUUCCAAUCCAGUUACAGACAUGGUGGCUGACUCUAUUGUCGCUCUUAUUAUGCAGAUCGAAUCCAAUCCAUUUAGUUUGAGAGUAAAGUCAUCUAAAGAGAACAAUGGCGAUAUAAUUUUGACAGAUGAACAAUCUAGUAGUAGUGGAAUUCCACUUGUAAAGAUGGAGAAAGAGAACGAACAGGACGAAGAAGAUCUUACGAUUAUGACAAAGUCAAGGAAGAAGAGCCAACAAUUGACACUCCGCACCGAAAUUAUGACUAUGCUCUCCAAACAAUUCUCUGAACUCAAACCGGAUCAAGACGACCCGCUUUUAAUGCACUUGCACAUCGAUGACGAUAAAUCGGCAUCCAUUCACCUCGAAACCCUUAAAGUACACUCCAACACACCAGAACUCAAGACUCAAAUCGAAAAAGCAAUCCGACGUAUCUCAUUGGCCGUACACCCAAUUUCAUUCAACAUCAAUCCAUAUCUAAACAAUAACAAUAACAACAAUCAUUCAACAACCAACCAAACAAACACCACUUUAGAUAUCAAAAAUAGAAAUUUCAUAGAUAUUUAA